AUUGAAAAUUAUGGUGGGUGAUAUUUGGGUGAUUAAAAGUGAGGACACUCACUUUUUUUCAUUCAAAUCCUAACCCAAUGCCAUCAAUUUUCAUUUCAUGAAUCUACAUGAUGAUGUGGUGUAUACAUACGUAAGAUUGAAUCUAUUUCCUUGAUAGAAUAAUCGCUUCAAGGAAAUUGAAAUCAUCAUCAUAACCAAAAAUGGCAUCAGAAUACGAUGAUCAACUCAGUUGUUUACGUGAAAUCUUUUCAAGAUUCGACAUGGACAACGACGGUAGCUUAACGAUUCUAGAACUCGCCGCGCUCUUGCGUUCUCUAGGGAUCAAUCCCAUGGGGAACCAGAUCCAUUUGUUGUGGACGAACAUGGACGUUAACGGCAAUGGCUACGUGGAAUUUGAUGAGUUAGCUUCAGCAAUCUUGCCAGAUCUGAAGAACGAGGACGAAGAUUAUUUGUUAAGAGAUCAUCAUGCAUUGCUCCUAACUGUCUUCAAUUCAUUCGAUCACGACAGCGAUGGAUACAUAUCGGCGCUGGAGCUGGCGACGGAGAUGGCAAAGAUAGGGCAGCCGCUCACGUAUGGGGAGCUCAGGGAGAUGAUCACGGCGGCCGGAGACGACGGAGACGGUGCCAUUUGUUUCAAUGAAUUUGCUUCUGUUAUGAUUAGGUCAAAAUCUGGAUUGUUGGGUCUUGCAUUGUUGUUGUCCGGAGAUGAGUAAAUUAUUCGAAUUCUGUUAAAAUUCACAUACAGUGUCCUCAUACGAAGUUGGUAUUUAAAAAGAGUUAAAUAAUUUAAUAUAUUUAACUAAAUUAUAAUUUAUUAUUAAUUACUAACUUCGUAUGAAAAUAACUAGACGUGAAUUGUCACUUUCAAAAUCUUCUUAAUGUUUUCUUGAUUAUUAAAUAGAGUAUUAAAACACGGUUUUUUUUUUCAAUAUUCUAAAAUAAUAUUGAU